AUGCCUAUAUUAGUGAAGGAUUAUACGUGGAUCCAAACUCCUACAAAUAUAAGCAUACGCGUCCCCUUAGAUCCAGUUUAUAGAGAAAAAGUAGAUAUGUUCACAGCAGAUUGCUAUAUCAAAGCACAUUUCAGUCCAUAUCUUUUGGAAUUAUUCUUACUACAUGACGUAAACAUGGAGAAGAGCAAGUGUGUUGUAAACAAUAAUAUGAUUUCAAUGGAUUUAGUCAAAAGGGAAGAGAUUGAUUGGGAAAAUUUGGAAAAAAAUAUAUCCAAGGAAGAAAAGAAAGCAAUACGACAACGAGUUUUAGAGGAGAGUCAAGAAAAAGCUAAAAAAGAGAAGGAAGAAAAAUCAAUAAAGAAGACUGAAUUGGAUAGAUUCACCGUGCAAAGGGCCAUGGAUAUAGAUUCAAAACAACACGAGUUGAUGGAUUCGAGAAGAGAUGAGGAGCGUCAGAAAGCUAUGAGCGAGUUGGAAAAAUGGAAGGAGCGGUCAUACCAAGAAAAUGAUUUUUACAACCACAAUAUGUGUGUUAGCAAUAAAAAGUCAGGUGUUAAAAUUGUCGAGUUACCAGACUCAGAUACAGAAUCAAAAGAAAAAGCGAAAGAUGUAGCUCCACGAUCUUCCAAACAUCAAUUAACUCCAAAAUCACCGGCGAAAACUGUUGUCAAAUCUGAAUAUGUCGAUAAGAAAAAGCAGGAAACAGCUACAAGAGUUUUACCUAGAUUGAGGCAAAUGAUGCAAUUAGAGAUAACACACACGAAGCGUACUUUUCCUACUCCUAGCCGGGAGUCCACGGCGCAAGAAGAAGAAGCGUGGCUUAAGAAUAUUACUUUAGCUCGUAGGGCUACAGGUUUUGUUUCGGAAGAUCUUCGUCCAGAAGAACAAGAUCCUCAGUGGUGUAAGGAAAAGGGCGACGAAUUCUUUCGUUGUGGUAACUUUUUGGGAGCAAUCAGCGCUUACACUCACGGUAUUACUCUGUCUGAAAAGCUGCCUAGCCUCUAUGCAAACAGGGCCGCUGCACAUUUUGCUUUGGGGAACUUUAACAAAUGUACGAAUGAUUCUUCUACAGCACUGGAUUUAAUGAAACCAGCUUGUGAAGGGAACCGUCAAAGUCGUGCCAAGUGUAUAGCGCGACGAGCGGCCGCGCUCGCUAGGAUGGGCUACUUGAAUAAAGCCAUAGAUGAAAUGAAGGCAGCUUCCAAGUUGGUGCCAGAAGACGAAAAAAUUAAAAAGGAUAUUUAUAACAUGGAAAGAGCCUGGGAGCAAAAUCCAGAUUCCGAUUAA